UGUGACACAUCGCUAAUGGUAUUUUUGCCAUGCCGGUCACACCAACACAUUGUUUACGCUCGAGACGCACGCAUGGCGACGAAUUUUUGUGCAAAUUACGUGAUUAUUGAGCAUAAAAGCUGAAUUAAAGCAGCACCGCCUUUGCGAUGGCCAGCAGCCGCGACAUAAAGCCACGCAUCAUGGCCGAACCGGCGCACAUACAGCGCCUGGAAGUGGCGCUAAAUAUGCGGCCCUUCAUGGAGAUGGCCAAGCGGGUGCUGAAGCAGCCGCUGAGCAGCAGCAACGAGGAGAGCGACACGGACAACGAGGGGCUGCCAGAGCUAAAGGGCGACGCUGACACGGAGUCCGAUGACUCCUCCACGGUGGGUGUGAUCAAGUGCAAGAAGGCGUCGCAGCGCUGCAAGAAGCGUCUAUUCUGCAGCAAGGAGGAGCGACAGAGUGUCAAGGCGCAGCUGUACAACUUUAAUGAUUUGACCAGCGACCGGGAAUGGCUGUACGAUCUGCUUCUAAGCGACUCGGAAAGCGAUGAGCCGAUUGGCAACGAGGACGAGUACAUCCAUCAGAUCCUACGCGAGCACAUACGCGAGCAGCGGCAGCGCAAAAAUUACUACAAAAAGCCAACGAACGCGCAAUAUGCCUACUACGGUGCCAGUUUGCUGUCCAAUCAUGACAUCUAUGCGGAGCGACAGCAGGCCACAGCGGGUGUGCGCAAGCGUCGCCGUCGCACCAAGCAGGAGAUACUCAUGGCCCGCCUGGCCGAGGCACAGGCACCAAAGCUGCCGAAACAACAGAAGCGGCGGGGACGUAAGAAGCAAACGACAAUUAUGGACUCGCCAGAGUCCGGAGAAGUGCCUCCCUCGGAGCUGGGCAGAUACACCUACGGGGACACGCUGCCCACCAAUGACGAGGAGGAGGAUGACAACGGCGAGGUGGACUACAAGCGGGAGCUGGCCAGCCUUGCACUGGACUUUCCUGAGGAGGAGGAAAUCGAGGAGGAGGUGGAUGUGGUGGGCGGUGCCGAUGGGCAGGUGACCAAGGUGCGAAGGAAGCGCAAGAAUCCAGCCGCGUUGGCGGCGCGACGUCGUCGCAUCUGGCAGAUUAUGUCGAAGAAGGAGUGCGGCCGACUGCAGAGGAUUACAAGCAACAACCACAAGGAGAUGCUGGCCAACUGCAAGCGUGUGGCGUCCAUGUGCUCCAAGGUGGUGCGCCAGCGGGCCAUCAAUUCGCAGCGCAUCAUGAAGGAGACGGUGUGGCGGGCCAAGCGGCUGACGCGGGAAAUGCUCGCCUACUGGAAGCGGUAUGAGCGCGUGGAGCGUGACCAGAAGCGCAAGCAGGAGCGCGAGGCGGAGGAGCAGCGCAAGCAGGACGUGGAGCUCAUCGAGGUGAAGCGACAGCAGCGGAAACUCAACUUUUUGAUCACCCAAACGGAGCUGUAUGCACACUUUAUGUCCAAGAAGCUGGGCCAGGGCACGGAGGAGGAUCAACUGAGGAUUCUGAGCCAGCUUGAUGAGGAGACAAAUGCCCGACUGGCCGUUCCAGACGACUACGAUCCCGUGGAAAUGAAGCAGCUGGCCAAGGAGCAUGCCGAGGCGGCCAUGCAGCGGGAUUUGGACAAGACGCGCGCCUUCGAUGUGCUCCCCAAGAAGCAGGAAGAGUGCAAAGACGAUGCGGAGGAGGAGCAAGCCAUGGAGGCCUUUGAUGUUUUUGCCAAAAAGGAAGAGGAGGAGGAUACGGACAUGGACGCACCAGAGACGCGCGCGGAGAUGAAGGAUCUGCCGCAGCCGCAAAUGUUCAAGGGCACGCUCAAGGGCUACCAGAUCAAGGGCAUGACGUGGCUGGCAAACAUCUACGAUCAAGGCAUCAGCGGCAUUCUAGCCGACGAGAUGGGCCUGGGCAAAACCGUGCAGUCCAUCGCCUUCCUCUGUCACAUUGCCGAGCAUUAUGGGGUGUGGGGCCCGUUCCUGAUCAUCUCCCCUGCCUCCACGCUGCACAACUGGCAGCAGGAGAUGUCGCGUUUUGUGCCGGACUUUAAUGUCGUCCCCUACUGGGGUUCGCCGAGCGAGCGUAAGAUCCUGCGGCAGUUUUGGGACCAGAAACAGCUGCACACACGCGACGCCAGCUUCCAUGUGGUGAUCACGUCGUACCAGCUGGUAGUCAGCGAUUACAAGUACUUCAAUCGCAUCAAGUGGCAGUACAUGGUGCUGGACGAGGCGCAGGCGAUCAAGAGCGCCGCCUCGCAGCGCUGGAAGCUGCUGUUGGGCUUCAGUUGCCGCAAUCGGCUGCUGCUCAGCGGCACACCCAUCCAGAACAGCAUGGCCGAGCUGUGGGCGUUGCUGCACUUCAUAAUGCCCACGCUGUUCGACUCGCACGACGAGUUCAACGAGUGGUUCUCCAAGGACAUUGAAUCGCAUGCCGAAAACAAAACAGGCAUCGACGAGCUGCAAAUUUCGCGCCUUCACAUGAUCCUCAAGCCCUUUAUGCUGCGUCGCAUCAAGAAGGAUGUGGAGAACGAGCUGUCCGACAAGAUUGAGAUUAUGGUCUACUGCCCCCUGACCAUACGCCAGAAGCUGCUCUAUCGCGCCCUCAAGCAGAAGAUACGCAUCGAGGAUCUUCUGCAUUUGACGAGCGGCUCGAGUGCUCCCUCGUCGGCGUCCUCGAACCUCAUGAAUCUGGUCAUGCAGUUCCGCAAGGUGUGCAAUCAUCCGGAGCUGUUUGAGCGUCGUGACGCGAGGAGUCCGUUCUUUAUGCGCUGUGCGGAGUAUGUGCUGCCAAGGCUUGUCCACGAGGAGGCACUACUACUCCGAGCACUGCCCAGUCGCAGGCAUUUACUGUACAAUCGUUUCAACAUCUUCAAGUCGGAGUACAUACAGCGAUCGCUUUUCGACGAUGUGAGCGUUGAAAGCUGCUUUGGCUUUACGCGUUUCUGUGAUCUAUCAUUGGGGGAUGUACUCGAUGUCACGCUUCAUGGAUUGAUUGAUUUCCUUUUGCAUUAUCGUCGAGUGCUGGAAAAAUAUCCCCUACUGUCCUACCGCCGCCAAUGGUGGCCACAUCUAAAAGCCACAUUUUAUCAGCUGCUGGAGCCCAUGCUGGAGAGCAAACUGCUGCCACAAUUCAUGCUCUCAGACAGUGUACUUAAGAAUUUUCUGUUCACAGCAAUGACCACCAAUGAGAGCAGCGUUUAUGCCUUCGGGGAUUAUUGCACCUACAACAUGCAGGAGACCAUCGAGCAUCGUGUGAUACGCUCCAAAGUGCUCAAACAAAAGACAGCCACGCUGAUUGAGGAGCUGGUGGAUGUGGAAGUCGAAGAGCAGGUUAAGCAGGAGCUCGAAAUCGAGUCCGUGGAGGUGCAAACCAAAUCGAAUACCAAGAGCGAUGUCAAGGUGCAAACGUUGCUGCUGUUGCCAGAGUUUCCGCAUCGUUUACGGCAGCCGAGGAGCUACCAUUGCGAGCCGCUGUCCAUGCCGCGACUGCUCUAUGCGUUGGGUCAGCGGGUACAGGCGGUGGAUAGGCAUUUAUACUGCGAGAGUCGUGCUGCUGCCUGGACACAAAUACGUCAUGUGCAGUGCGAAAAUGCUGUGGGCAGAGAGCUUGUGUCCUCCAGCCUGGCACUGUGCAAGCCACGUAGUGGUUGGUCCUCCAUUGUGGUGCCCGACAAGGAGACGUUGAUCACGGAUGCGGGCAAGCUGUUUGUACUCGACACACUGCUCACACGGCUGAAGGCAGAGGGCCAUCGCGUGCUGAUCUAUUCACAGAUGACCAAAAUGAUAGACCUGCUAGAGGAGUACAUGUGGCAUCGAAAGCAUCGUUACAUGCGCUUGGAUGGCUCCAGCAAGAUCUCAGCGCGUCGCGACAUGGUCGCCGACUUUCAGACGCGUGCGGACAUUUUCGUAUUUUUGCUCUCGACGCGCGCUGGAGGUUUGGGCAUUAAUCUAACAGCAGCAGACACGGUAAGUGGUUAGACUUUACCUAUUAGA